UGGCCACAUCAGCAUGUCGUUGUCUACGGCAUUAAUUCCGCAGCAGCGACAGCCAUGUAAUCGCCAGACAGCCAGAAUCUUUGCUAGAAUCUUCGAGCAGCGUCAUGGUUACUGGAGUUUUAUGAAAAACAGAAGCAUAUCUCGGAACAGCUCGGCCGUUGUGGAGCACCAAGCUAAUGGUAUUUUGAGAUGUGUAGGCCAGGUUGGCAGCUCCUUGCAGACGCAGAAGUCGCCCAGUUUUCUGGCACUGCAGCGGCAAAAGUUGUUGGCCUUGUCUACGGAGGAUUAUCGCAUCUAUCCGCAAAGCGUCGAUUUGGAUGCCUUCUUUGGCGAGGAACAAAAGUGCGAGAAGGUAUCGGAUGUUUGCCUGCUCAACGAUCACUUUAUCCUGGUCAAGAUGCCAAAUGCAGAGGAGCGUCACGUAUCCAAGUCUCCUCCACCUUCAACGGAUACACAUAGCAAAUUUGGGUCCAAGUUGCCACGCUGCUUCAAAUGCAAUCGUGGCAGCCGCGUUUCUCCCAUUCUAGAGGAACUGGAGGACAAACAACCCACGCCAAUGAUCAGUCCCUGGACUUCAAGCGAUGACCAAGAUGUGGAGAUUUUCGCCUCCAGAACGCGCAUCAUAUCCAGCCAGAGUCAACAUCAAAUGCAAGCAAUUGCUGUGCCUGCUUCCAGAUCCUUACAGGAGACUGUAAUCGUGGAGCAACCUCAACUGCUGAGAAAAUCCCCGGAAACAUCCUUGCAGUUGCAAUUGGAGACCCUACAAUCACCACCACCCCUUCAAGCUGAUGCUUAUCCCAUAAGUCGGGGACCUUUGCAUUGGUUCCUUUGGCCAUUCCGUCGACGUUCUGCGUCCAGAACCAAAGCUCAACUCGCCGCUGUGCACAAAACCUACUUUGUAAGAUGGAACAAACCGCCGGACACAUUGUGGCAUGGCUACGGCGUGGAACGCACCGAGGGGGAUAAAGUAGGAUUACGUCGUUGUCGCUCAGCAAUCUUCUAAAGUGUUUCAAGCUAAGCUUGUGUAUAUUUUGUAUAUAAUUGGAGCAAGAAAAUUAUAACAAA